AUGCAUAUUGAUAUGUUUCUUCAUGAAUGUGAGUGCUACCUAUCAACAAGGGAGAAAAUUGUGAUCUCCAAAGCAUAUCCUUUCAUAACAUUUUUAGGAGAUAUAAUUCCUCCAACAAUUAUAUGGAGUGAUUCUUCAAGUACCAUAGGAAAUGAUGGACAAAAGUUGGAAACUUUUAAUAGUGCAACUGUUGCAGUGAGUGCGGAUUAUUUUAUAGCCAUCAACCUUAAAUUUGAGAAUACGGCAUCAUAUUUUAAGUCAGAGAUAGAAUCGGCAGUUGCACUUCGCAUUUCUGGAAACAAAGCCGCAUUUUACAAUUGCACAUUUAGUGGAAUUCAAGAUACUCUAUAUGAUCACAAAGCUCUCAAUAGCAUUCCACCACAAAAUACUAGAAGAGUUAUUUUAUCCAUUGCAACGGGAUGUUUCAGGGAGAAAAGUGUCAUCUCCAAAGCAUAUCCUUUCAUAACAUUUUUAGGAGAUUUAAUUCCUCCAACAAUUAUAUGGAAUGAUUCUUCAAGUACCAUAGUAAAUGAUGGACAAAAGUUGGAAACUUUUAAUAGUGCAACUGUUGCAGUGAGUGCGGAUUAUUUCAUAGCAAUCAACCUUAAAUUUGAGAAUACGGCAUCAUAUUUUAAGUCAGAGAUAGAACCGGCAGUUGCACUUCGCAUUUCUGGAAACAAAGCCGCAUUUUACAAUUGCACGUUUAGUGGACUUCAAGAUACUCUAUAUGAUCACAAAGGUAUCCACUACUUCAAUAAUUGCUAUAUUCAGGGCUCCGUUGAUUUUAUCUUUGGCUCUGGAAGGUCUCUCUAUGAGGUCUGCAUUCUAAAUUCCAUAGCCAACAAAGUGACCGCAAUCACAGCUCAGAAACGUUCAAUUUCGUCUUUAGAUAGCGGAAUUUCAUUUAAAAAUAGCAUCGUAAAAGGCAGUGGCCGAGCUUAUCUAGGGAGACCAUGGGGAGAAUACUCGAGGGUUAUCUUUUCUAACACCUUCAUGGAUAAUCUUGUUCUCCCUAAAGGAUAG